GCCGCCGCAGCGGUUCCGAGUGGGGCCCAACAUGGCGGAGCGAGAGGUGGAGCCGGGCCCCCGAAAGAGGUUUGAGCAAAAAGCUGGUGCGGUGUUUGAUGAAAUUGUAGAGAACUGUGGUGGUAUCAUGGAUACAGAAAUGUCUGAAGAUAUAGACCGCAACUUAACUCCUACCCUUGACAGCAUGUCUUAUGGAAUGCCGAAUCAAACAGGAUCUGAAAAUUCAUUGCUGGAUGAAGAUGAUUAUUUUUUGAACUCUGGGGAUCUUGCUGGAAUUCCAGUCGUUGGUAGUGACAAUGAGGAUGAACAGGAUUUUAGUUCAAAGGACAAUCUUGUUUCUUCAAUUCAUACUGAUGAUAGCUUGGAAGUAGAGAGAAGAGUUACACAACAUGAAUCAGACAAUGAAAGUGAAAUACAAAUUCAAAGUAAAUUAAAAAAAGACUUUCCUAAACAGUUUGAUCAGGUUUCUGUCUUUAAAUCAAUCCGGAAAGAUUUUAGUCUAGUAAGAGAAAACAGCAAAGACACAUUUUCUGGAAAGGAGAAAAAUAGAGACCUAACAUAUGAACGUGAAAAACGGUUGGAUAAACCUCAUAAAGAGUUGGAUUCAAGGUUGAAAAGCAGUUUUUUUGAUAAAGCAGCUAAUCAAGUUGAAGAAACAUUACAUACCCAUUUACCACAAACCCCAGAAACAAACUUUAGGGACUCCAGCUAUCCAUUUGCCAAUAAAGAAUCCAUUGGUUCGGAACUGGGGAAUUCCUUUGCAUCAAAUAUUAGAAUUAAAGAAGAACCUUUGGAUGAUGAGUAUGACAAAGCAAUGGCACCACAGCAGGGACUACUAGACAAAAUUAAAGAUGAACCUGACAAUGCUCAAGAGUAUAGUCAUGGCCAACAGCAAAAAAGUCAAGAGGGGGAACUGAAAAUUAGUGCUGUGUUUUCAGUCAGUGGCAGUCCUCUUGCUCCACAGUUGACUACUGGCUUUCAGCCUUCGCUGGCAUCAUCUGGCAUGAAUAAAAUGCUUCCUUCAGUUCCAGCCACAGCUGUUCGAGUUUCCUGUUCUGGUUGUAAAAAAAUUCUUCAAAAAGGGCAAACUGCUUAUCAGAGGAAAGGAUCUACUCAGCUUUUCUGCUCCACACUGUGCCUCACUGGAUAUACAGUUCCACCUGCCCGCUCACUGCCUCUUCCCACCAAGAAAACUUGUUCAAGCUGCUCAAAGGACAUUUUAAAUCCAAAGGAUGUGAUCAGUGCCCAAUUUGAAAAUGCUACUACUAGUAAAGAUUUUUGCAGUCAGUCAUGUUUGUCGACUUAUGAACUGAAAAGAAAACCUGUUGUCACCAUCAAUACAAAUAGCAUAUCAACCAAAUGUAGUAUGUGUCAGAAGAAUGCUGUUAUUCGACAUGAAGUUAAUUAUCAGAAUGUUGUACAUAAGCUUUGCAGUGAUGCCUGCUUCUCUAAGUUUCGCUCUGCUAACAACCUUACCAUGAACUGUUGUGAGAACUGUGGGGGUUACUGCUAUAGUGGUUCUGGACAAUGCCACAUGCUUCAGGUAGAGGGACAGUGGAAGAAAUUUUGUAGUUCAUCAUGUGUCACAGCAUACAAGCAGAAAGCAGCCAAAAUUACACCAUGUGCACUUUGCAAAUCAUUGAGAUCCUCAACAGAAAUGAUCGAAAAUACCAAUAGCUUGGGAAAGACAGAGCUUUUCUGUUCUGUUAACUGCUUAUCUGCUUACAGAGUUAAAAUGGUUACUUCUGCAGGUGUACAAGUUCAGUGUAACAGUUGUAAGACCUCAGCAAUCCCACAGUAUCACCUAGCCAUGUCAGAUGGAAGUAUACGCAAUUUCUGCAGCUACAGUUGUGUGGUAGCUUUCCAGAAUUUGUUCAACAAACCAGCUGGAAUGAAUUCUUCAGUAGUUCCCUUGUCACAGGGCCAAGUAAUUGUAAGCAUCCCCACAGGUUCUACAGUAUCAGCAGGAGGAGGUAACACCUCUGCUGUUUCUCCUACUUCCAUCAGUAGUUCUGCUGCAGCUGGUCUACAGCGUCUUGCUGCUCAAUCUCAACAUGUUGGGUUUACACGAAGUGUUGUAAAACUCAAGUGUCAGCACUGUAAUCGUCUUUUUGCCACAAAACCAGAACUUCUUGACUACAAGGGUAAAAUGUUUCAGUUCUGUGGCAAGAAUUGUUCUGAUGAAUAUAAGAAAAUAAAUAAUGUUAUGGCAAUGUGUGAAUAUUGUAAAAUUGAGAAACUUAUAAAGGAGACAAUACGGUUCUCAGGUGCUGACAAGUCAUUCUGUAGUGAAGGUUGCAAAUUGCUUUAUAAACAUGACUUAGCAAAACGCUGGGGAAAUCACUGUAAAAUGUGCAGUUACUGUUUACAGACAUCUCCCAGAUUGGUACAGAAUAAUUUUGGGGGGAAGGUAGAAGAGUUCUGUUGUGAAGAUUGCAUGUCCAAAUUUACAGUUUUGUUCUUUCAGAUGGCCAAAUGUGAUAGUUGUAAGCGACAGGGUAAACUUAGUGAGUCCUUGAAAUGGCGAGGAGAAAUGAAACACUUCUGUAAUCUGCUUUGUAUCUUGAUGUUCUGUAAUCAGCAAAGUUUGUGUGAUCUGCCUUCACAAAACAAUACAGCAAGUAUUUCCAUGGUGCCAGCCGCUUCAGCAGGGCCCCCAUCACUAAGAAAAGAUUCAACUCCUGUUAUAGCUAAUGUAGUAUCAUUAGCAAGUGCUCCAGCUGCUCAACCGACAGUUAAUUCUAACAGCGUUUUACAAGGUGCAGUUCCAACAGUAACAGCGAAAAUCAUUGGGGAUGCAAGUACACAAACAGAUGCCCUGAAAUUGCCGCCUUCCCAGCCUCCAAGACUUUUGAAGAAUAAAGCUUUAUUGUGCAAACCCAUCACACAGACUAAAGCCACCUCUUGCAAACCACAUACCCAAAAUAAGGAAUGCCAGACAGAAGACAGUCUAAGUCAGCCCAAGAUUGUUGUGGUGCCAGUUCCUGUACCAGUGUUUGUGCCAUUACCUCUUCAUCUUUAUACUCAGUAUGCACCAGUCCCAUUUGGCAUUCCAGUUCCAAUGCCUGUCCCUAUGCUUAUUCCAUCCUCAAUGGAUAAUGAAGAUAAAGUCCCUGAGAGUAUUGAGGACAUUAAGGAAAAGCUUCCCUCAAAUCCAUUUGAAGCUGAUCUUCUUGAGAUGGCAGAAAUGAUCGCAGAAGAUGAAGAAAAGGAGAAGACUCUAUCCCAGGGAGGAUCACAAACUUCUGAACAGGAACUUUUUCUAGACACCAAGAUUUUUGAAAAAGACCAAGGAAGUACAUAUAGUGGUGAUCUUGAAUCAGAAGCAGUAUCUACUCCUCAUAGCUGGGAAGAAGAGUUGAAUCAUUAUGCCUUAAAGUCAAAUGCUGCGCAAGAGCCUGAUUCAGAAUUGAAGCAGUUCUCAAAAGGGGAAACUGAACAGGAUCUGGAAGCAGAUUUUCCAUCAGAAUCCUUUGACCCACUUAAUAAAGGACAGGGGAUCCAGGCACGUUCUCGAACAAGACGACGGCACAGAGAUGGCUUUCCACAGCCCAGAAGAAGAGGACGAAAGAAGUCUAUAGUAGCUGUGGAGCCCAGGAGUCUUAUUCAAGGAGCCUUUCAAGGGUGCUCAGUAUCUGGGAUGACGUUAAAAUACAUGUAUGGUGUAAAUGCAUGGAAGAACUGGGUUCAGUGGAAAAAUGCAAAGGAAGAGCAGGGUGAUCUGAAAUGUGGCGGAGUUGAACACACCUCAUCAAGCCCAUGUUCUGACCCCUUAGGAAAUGCUCAUGAUCACACACACGCUCAAGAAUCCUCAGAGCCAGGCUGUAGAGUUCGCUCUAUCAAAUUGAAGGAGGAUAUUUUGUCCUGCACUUUUGCUGAGUUGAGUUUGGGCUUAUGCCAGUUUAUCCAAGAGGUGCGGAGACCAAAUGGUGAAAAGUAUGAUCCAGACAGUAUCUUAUACUUGUGCCUUGGAAUUCAGCAGUACCUGUUUGAAAAUGGUAGGAUAGAUAACAUUUUUACUGAGCCCUAUUCCAGAUUUAUGAUCGAACUUACCAAACUCUUGAAAAUAUGGGAACCUACAAUACUUCCUAAUGGUUACAUGUUCUCUCGAAUUGAAGAAGAGCAUUUAUGGGAAUGCAAACAGCUGGGUGCUUAUUCACCAAUUGUCCUCUUGAACACCCUCCUUUUCUUCAAUACCAAAUAUUUUCAACUAAAGAAUGUUACUGAGCACUUGAAACUUUCAUUUGCCCAUGUGAUGAGACGGACCAGGACUCUGAAGUACAGCACCAAGAUGACAUAUCUGAAGUUUUUCCCACCUUUACAGAAGCAGGAGUCAGAACCAGAUAAGGUAACUAUUGGCAAGAGGAAACGAAAUGAAGAUGAUGAAGUUCCAGUAGGUGUGGAGAUGGCAGAAAAUACUGACAACCCUCUAAGAUGUCCGGUUCGACUUUAUGAGUUUUACCUGUCGAAAUGUUCUGAGAGUGUGAAGCAGAGGAAUGAUGUGUUUUAUCUGCAACCUGAGCGCUCCUGUGUUCCAAAUAGCCCCAUGUGGUACUCAACAUUUCCCAUAGACCCUGGCACCCUGGACACCAUGUUAACACGAAUUCUCAUGGUCAGGGAGGUACACGAAGAACUUGCCAAAGCUAAAUCAGAAGACUCUGAUGUUGAAUUAUCUGAUUAGAGCUGAAGUAGGGUUGCUAUUUUCAUACAUUGGUAUGCACCAAACUGUGAAUGCAUCCAGCUUUGGAAAAUGCUGUAUAAGCCUAAGUCCUCUUGACUUGAUAAUAAAUAUUGGAAAAGAGAAGACUCGUGAACCACAGUGUGGAUGUACAAAUGGAAACUGAAGGAAAGAAUUUGAACUGAAGACUGUUCUUUGACAGUGCUCUAGUUCUUAGAUAUGUUCAGAAGGACUAACCAAUUUCUCUGAGUGGUGCAUAAUCUUAUUUUGUUUGGGAAUAACAAAUCAUGGCAUAUUUUUAAGGAAAACUGUUGUAUAAAACUCUACCAUAGUAACCUUAGACCUUAGAGAAGUAGCUUUGGAGUGAAACCUUGGCUGCAAUACGCUGCUUGAGCAAGUCCUGUGUAAAAGUUCCGGGAGACACCUUAAUGGAACUAAGAAUGGCAUCAGAUAAGCACUGGGACUUGUACUUGAGGACCCAAUAAGAAUAAGCAGCUUUUUUUUUUUAAGGUAGAGAGUGAAAUGGUUUUGCUUUUGAUUCUCACUGCCAAGAUUUUGCUGUGAAGAUGGAAGCCUUUGGCAAAAGCCUUCUUAGCUCUUCACAGUCCCUCCCUCUCACUUUCUGCAGCCAUGGGUCUGGAUGUUGGUAAAUUAAGGUAGAAGGUCUGAUAUUCUGCAAAUUGAUCAUGUACACAGGAAAUCAGUGAAACCUAUUAGACCUCAGCUGUCUUGAAAUAUGUGUGAAAGCCCACUGAAAUACCCAACUCUGGGUCUUGGCCUUUAUUGCUGCUGUCUCAUAGCCUGGGCUAUGGUACAUAGAAAUGGGGGUUCUCCAUUUGUUUUCACUUUGUCCCCAAAUGGCAGCUUUCCUCCCAUUGUUUUAUCUUCCUUCUUCCCAAACAAUCCCACUUCCUUUGUUGUUUGCCCCAAUUUCUGGAGACCCUUGUCAUUUCAUAAAAGAAUAAUCUCUCCUUAUUCUGGCAAACCUGUGGUGAUUCCACAAAGACACAGUAUUACUUAACUAUCAGAUAUGGUAGAAAAGGUCCUAGAAUGUUCCAAUAUAAAGCAUUUGGAAAAUGACUUUGUUACCCUAUGAGACUUGAAAGUAGGAAUUCUGGGGUUAGGGUACAAAGACAUUGAUAGUCUUGCAUAUCCACAAGCAGAUUGUCUUAUUAUAGGUUUACUUCAAACAUUAGCUGUUUUUGUAGUUCUAUGAGGAUUGCAAGUCAUAUGUGUAUUUGGCAUAUCAGUCCAUCUCCCUCAUUCUCAGUUUCCUUCCUCACAGAUUGUGAAUCAAAGCUUUUAUGAUAUUGACCA